AUGUACAACUCACAACAAAUACAGGGCCCGUCUCGACCUCAGCAAUUGGGAAUGCAAUCGGGCGCUCAGACUGGCCCUCAAACCGCCGCCCCCAAUGAAAUCGCCUCGAAAGAAAAAUUAGCGGCUUACGUGUAUGAAUAUUUGGUGCAUUCUGGUGCUACGAAAACCGCCGAGACUUUCAAAGCCGAGGUGUUGGCGACAACGCAAAACGCGAAAACGCCACCGGUCAGCGAGACGACGCCGGGUUUUCUGCAAAAUUGGUGGCUAGUUUUCUGGGAUUUAUAUUGUGCUGCACCAGAGCGGCGAGAUGAAAAUCCUCACAGUCAAGAGGCCAAAUAUUUCUAUCAAAUGUUUGUCAGCGAGAACCAGUUUCACGGGCCUCCAAUGAUGAAUGGAAUGGGACAGUUUCCCACCGGACCAUCACCAAUGGGAAUGGCACCUGGACCGGAUGGGAUGAUACCUGGAGCCGGUUUCCCCGGUCGUUUCCCUCCUGGACGAGGGCCCCCGGGUCCCCCGCCUGGUGCUCCUGGAAUGCCGCCUGCAGGCUUCCCGAUGUUCGCCAAUGAUCCGCGGAUGGUGCCUGCCGGUCAACGAAUGCCUCCACAAGCUGCGAUGAGAAUGUCUGCUGGAUUUCCCGGAAUGCGGCCUGGGCAACCGGGCAUGUCUGGACCAUACGCGAGGCCCGGCUACAUCGACUCACCGGGGACAGCAUUCCCGCAAGGAAUGAUACCCAAUGGAGGAGUCAUGUGCUCACAGAGUGCCAUGUCUCUAUCAUCUCCAUCAGCUGGCCCACCAAUCUCUCAAGCCAACCCGCAAGCCCCCGCCGACCCAAACAAUCCUGAACAACGCUUCAUGAUGAUGCCGACGAGUUCGUCAGCGUUGGGGUUUGGAAUGGGUGAUCAGAUGGGCGGCACGCCGAUUAACUCGAUGGCGCAGAGCACGUCAAAUGGAAGCGCCCACGAGAAUCCACCGCAAAUACCAAUGAUGAACGGUGAAGAGAUCAAACAAUCGCCGGCGAGCACUCCUAGAGGCGCCAAUGGAACGGGGACGCCUGGGGCCGGACCGGGAAGUCAAGCGCCUGGCUCCGCGCAAUCCGGUGGCGCUCAAUCGGGUGGAAGUGCGAUGAAUGGACCGGAGACAAACGUCGAACCGACCGCUCCUUCAAAUCCUCCGCAAUCCGGUGGCCCACAUGGUGGCGAAGACGAUGAGAUCAAAGCGAUCAAGCAGUCGAUUUUCGAGGACGCGAAACAAUUCGACUCAAAAGAGGAACAAAUGGAAUUCUAUCAA